AUGCUCCAGAUCAGCGGCGGUGGGGAGCGGGCACAGGGUCUGCUGCUGGGGCCCCCGCUUCCCCGGCGAUUCCACACCAGCAGCCCCAGGUCAGGGGUCUGCGUCCUGCGCAUCCUCAAAGCGGGCCUCCCCGCCCUGCGCCUGGGCCCAUUGAUCAGGAAUGGCUGGGGGCUUCCUAGCUGGGGAAGGGAGGGCACCAGGAGCGGGGACCGGGAGCGGGAGAGGAGGCUUUGCGACGUCAGAGCCUUCCCACCUGCCCUCCUCCUGCAUAGCACCGCCCUAGAGCUGGACAAGGCCAGCCAGCGGCCUCGCACCGUCCAGUCUGAGGGUGGCUUGGAGAAGGGGCCCUACACACCCCAGAGCCAGGACCCCAGGUACAGUGCAGGCAGCCGAGGCGGCCCCAUGGCCUUCCUGUCUGCCGGCCUCAGGGUACUGGCACCCUCAGAGACCUACACCCAGCCCGUGAGCAGCUCCAGCUGGGAGCCUCGGCUGGACUCCCCAUUCCCAUCAGGCCCUUCCACAAGCUCCAUAGGGGCCCAAGCCGUGGCUGAGCCCACCGGGCAGGGCCCCAAGAACCCACUUGUGUCCAGCGUGACGGUUCAGCUGGAGAUGAAGGCUCUGUGGGAGGAAUUCAACCAGCUGGGCACAGAGAUGAUUGUCACCAAGGCGGGCAGGAGAAUGUUCCCCACCUUCCAGGUGAAGAUCCUGGGCAUGGACACGCUGGCUGACUACGCCCUGCUCAUGGACUUCGUGCCUCUGGACGACAAGAGAUACAGGUACGCCUUCCACAGCUCGGCCUGGCUGGUGGCGGGCAAGGCGGACCCGGCCACGCCCGGCCGCGUGCACUUCCACCCCGACUCGCCGGCCAAGGGUGCGCAGUGGAUGCGCCAGAUCGUGUCCUUCGAGAAGCUCAAGCUGACCAACAACCUGCUGGACGACAACGGCCACAUCAUUCUCAACUCCAUGCACCGCUACCAGCCCCGCUUCCAUGUGGUUCUCAUGGACCCACGCGAGGACAGCGCGCGCUACGCCCAGGAGAACUUCAAGUCCUUCAUCUUCACGGAGACCCAGUUCAUGGCCGUGACGGCCUAUCAGAACCACCGGAUCACCCAGCUGAAAAUCGCCAGCAACCCUUUUGCCAAGGGCUUUAGGGAGAGUGACCCGGACUCCUGGACUGUAUCUCCACGGCCCCCGCUCAGCGUGCCAGCCCGGCGCUGCCGCAGGCUUGGCUCCUGCCUGCUGAAGGGCUCCACGGAGCAGGAAAAAGAUCUCAACAAAGCUCCAGCCUCCACCUCCAGGACCGCUGCCCGGCUCCACCAUCAGCUGCUGGCGCCCCCUGAAGCUCUGCUGGCCCCAGCCACCUACCGGUCCCUCGCCUAUCAGAGCCUGUACCCUGGAGCCUCAAGCCCCCUCAGGAUCCCAAGGGCCAGACCCACACCGUACCCCCUUCCCAGUAUCCAGGCUGACAGAGAUCAGGGGGGCCUGCCCCUCCCAGCUGGGCUGGGGCUUCUGUCCCCCACCGCCAUGUGCCUGGGGCCUGGCCAGGACCCUCAGUGA